CACAGGUUGGGUUUGGCUGCCGAAAAGGCUAUCACUCGCAUGCAAGCACCGAGGUACUGAGUGGACCAUUGUCGAGAAAUCUCUGUGGAACAAUCUUUCGUACUUGUCUGAUGCAUCCGUUUCUUUUGGAGCGAUAAAUGAAUUACAUUCUGUGAAUCUUCCCCGCGAGAAGCGGAGGAUUAAGUCGCCGCUAGCGCUUUGUCUCGUUUGCGCAUUUAAUUGCUAAUGACACACCAAUAAAAUCGAAGGCAUGCUGGAUUUGAUACGGGUUUGCUGUCACCAUGUAGCGAUCAGCUUAGUGCUAUCCAUUUUAUGGAUUCAGGUAAUUCACUCUUCUGGAUAUUUCGAGCUGCAGUUGAUCUCCAUGAGCAAUUUAAACGGUGAAGUAUCUAAGGGAGAUUGUUGUGACGGCAGUAAAUCCCAACAUCAUCCGGAUUGUUCUUUGGACGAAUGUGACACUUACUUUAAAGUCUGCCUCAAGGAAUAUCAGGCCCGAAUCAGUCUCCCAGGACUAUGCAGUUAUGGCUCAGGAUCUACUCCUGUUCUUGGUGGAAAUAUAUUUUCUUUAGUGACUUCAAAUGGUCCCCAGCAGAAGUAUAACGAUGUUGGCAGGAUUGUGAUUCCUUUCCAAUUUGCCUGGCCGCGAACUUACACUCUAAUAAUAGAAGCUUGGGACUGGGACAAUGAAACUAAGCUCGAUGAAGAUCACCUGAUUGAAAGAAGAGCUUACACUGACAUGAGCAGCCCUGAAGACUCUUGGAAAGAUCAUGAGUACAAUGGCCCUGUAGCCCAGUUUAAGUACCGCACCAGAGUAAGAUGUGAUGAAAACUACUAUGGCUCUAUGUGCAAUAAAUUUUGCAAUCCUCGAGAUGACUACUUUGGGCACUACACCUGUGACCAGUUUGGCAAUAAAAUCUGCUUAGAAGGAUGGACAGGACCAGAAUGCAAGCAAGCUAUUUGUAAACUAGGCUGUGAUUUAGAACAUGCAACUUGUGAACUUCCUGGGGAAUGCAAGUGUAAGUAUGGAUGGCAGGGCCAGUUCUGUGAUAAAUGUGUCCCGUAUCCUGGUUGUGUUCAUGGAACUUGCACUGAGCCGUGGAAGUGUAAUUGUGAAACAAACUGGGGAGGCCUGCUUUGUAAUAAAGAUCUAAACUACUGUGGAAAUCAUCAUCCGUGUUUGAAUGGAGGAACAUGCAUGAACACUGAACCUGAUGAAUAUUUUUGUAACUGCCCUGAUGGCUACUCUGGAAAAAACUGUGAAAUUGCUGAACAUGCAUGCGUGUCAAAUCCCUGUGCAAAUGGAGGGACCUGUCAUGAAGUCUCUUCUGGCUUUGAAUGUCAGUGCCCUCAAGGAUGGACUGGGCCAACAUGUGCCAUUGAUAUUAAUGAAUGUGCCAGUAAUCCUUGUGCCCGUGGGGGAAUGUGCAUUGACAGAGUUAAUGGGUUUGAAUGCUUAUGCCCACCUCAGUGGGCAGGAAAAACUUGCCAACUUGAUGCUAAUGAGUGUGAUGGGAAACCCUGUGCUAAUGCUUACUCUUGCAGAAACCUGAUUGGCGGAUAUUAUUGUAACUGCAUUCCGGGGUGGACUGGACUAAAUUGUGAUAUCCAUGUCAGGGACUGUCAUGGGCAGUGCCAGAAUGGAGGAGUCUGUAAGGCUGAUGGAAAGAGAUAUCAUUGUGAUUGUCCAAAAGGAUUUCUAGGCAAAAACUGUGAGACUGAAAUUAACGAGUGUGCAAGCAGUCCUUGCCAGAAUGGUGGUUCCUGCGAAGACCUAGUGAAUGGAUUUCAUUGUCGCUGCCUACAAGGAUUUUCAGGGCCUUUGUGUGAGUUCUACGUAGAUUUCUGUAAGACCAACCCCUGUCAAAAUGGAGCUAAAUGUUAUAACCUAGAAGCAGACUAUUACUGUGCUUGCCCUGAAGAAUAUGAAGGAAAAAAUUGCUCUGACCACAGGGACCACUGUAGAAUGACCCCAUGUGAAGUAAUUGACAGUUGUACCAUAAAAGUCGCAAGUAAUUCAACAACAGAUGGAGUUCGUUACAUCUCCUCUAAUGUUUGUGGACCUCAUGGUCAGUGCAUAAGUCUGCAAGGUGGGAAUUUUUCUUGUGCCUGUAAUAGUGGAUUCACAGGGACCUAUUGUCAUGAAAAUAUCAAUGACUGUUUUGGCAAUCCUUGCAAAAAUGGUGGAACAUGCAUUGAUAAAAUUGACUCCUUUCAGUGCCUUUGCCCAGAUGGAUGGGAAGGAGAACUUUGUGACAUAAAUUAUGACGACUGCAGUCCCAAUCCAUGUCACAAUAAAGGAAAAUGUCUAGAUCUGGUGAAUGAUUUCCACUGUGAAUGUGAAAAUGGCUGGAAGGGCAGGACCUGUCAUUCACGUGAAUUUCAGUGCGAUGCUAAUACUUGUAGCAAUGGUGGCACUUGUUAUGAUAUUGGAGAUACAUUUAGGUGUCUUUGCUCUCAAGAAUGGGAAGGAAGUACUUGCAGCAUUGCAAAAAGUAGCAGCUGUAGAAGCAAUCCUUGCCAGAAUGGUGGGACCUGCGUUGGCAACAGAGAUGGCUUUACCUGCAUUUGUAAGGAUGGAUGGAAUGGACCCAUAUGCACACAGAAUGCUGAUGACUGCAACCCUCAUCCUUGUUACAAUGGAGGCAUUUGUGUGGAUGGCGUGAACUGGUUUCGAUGCGAGUGUGCUCCAGGUUUUGCGGGUCCUGACUGCAGAAUUAACAUCGAUGAAUGUCAGUCCUCCCCAUGUAAAUAUGGUGCUACUUGUGUAGAUGAAAUAAAUGGUUACAGGUGCAUCUGCCCACCUGGAAGAACUGGAACUGGAUGCCAUGAAGUUAUUGGCAGUGGAAAACCCUGUUUUAUUGGUGGCUUGCAUAUUCCUCAUGGAAGCAGAUGGGACCAGGAAUGCAACGCUUGUCAUUGUUUAAGUGGCAACAUUGAAUGCACAAAGGUGUGGUGUGGUGGUCAUCUUUGCUUGUUACAUGAGUUAAAAGGACAAAAAAGUCACCAGUGUCUACAAGGCCAGAUCUGCAGAGAGCAGUCAGGACUGAAAUGUUUUUCGCCACCUUGUACUGGCUGGGGAGAAUGUGACACCCGAGAAUCUCUUCCACCCUUUAAUGUUAAAUGCCAACCAAAUACAGAUCAUCUGGAUAACAACUGUGCAAGGCUUACUUUAAUUUUUAACAGAAUUAAAGUACCACAGACAUAUGCUCCACAUGAUGAUGAACAGGAUCACAGUAUCAUUCAGAAUGCUGCAAACACAAUAGUCAAGGGAGUCAGCAAAUUACAUAACAGCACAGUUAUGCUGGCAGUUGUUGAAGUUAGAGUAGAAACUUUUGUUAAAGUGCAUAGUUUAUCAGAUUACCUGGUUCCUAUCCUGUGUGCAGUGUUUGGCAUUGUGUGGCUGAUAUGUAUAAUUAUCUGUAUUUGGUGGACUCGAAAAAGAAGAAAAGAAAGGGAGAGAAAUAGUAUGUCUGUUGAAGAAAGUGCAAAUAAUCAGCGUGAGCCAUUAAAUCCAAUAAAAAACCCCAUAGAAAAACCAUGCAGUAAAGACAUUCAGUAUGAAUGCAAAAAUUUAAUGCCUCCUCCAAACCGAACUUCUGAUGCAGAAGAGGAGGAGGAGGAAGAACUUGAGGGGGAGGUAAUUGAAGUGGACAAGUGCCUUCCUCAAAAAUGCACAAACAUUUAUUUGCCAACAAAAGAUGUUGGCACAUCAGAUAGCACUCCAGUAAGGAAGCCUCAUCGGACAAACCAGAACAAAAUAGACAACAGAUGUGUAAUAAACUUAAACGCAUCAAAACUUGAAGGAGGUAAAGACUGUUCCAUAUAACUCAGACCACCUGUGCCUAUACUGUGUUAAAAUGUAAGUGAAAAAGUGUACAUGCCUCCAUAUCGCCUUAAAAGACUGAAAAGGUGAAAAGAGCCCAUAAGUAAUGGGGCUGAUCUUUAUUUUGUGUAACAAACAUUUAUUUUCUAGUGUUUCUUUUACGCUUGUAUAAAUUAUGUUGACUUUCAGGUAACAGUUGAAAGUUCUUUGAUGGUUGCUAUUUUUGUAAUGCUGUGUUUUGUAUUCUGUCUGAGGCAAAAUGUAUAUUUUCAAUGCACCAUAUAAAGCAUAUAACAUUGUAUUUUGUUUACAGAGUUUUUUUAAUCUGCUUUUUUUAUGGUGGCUUGAAGUUUUCCUCCUGGCUGAGGAAAAUAUUUUGUGAACUCUGACUCGUUUUUCAUGACCUUGUAUUUUUGUUAAUGGCAGAUUGUUGUACUUGUUACAUUUAUUUAAAAAAAAAAAGCUUUUUAUGUCAAGAGCCGCCAUACAAGCAAGGCAGUAGCAACUUUAAACUGUUUAUCAAAAGUGGCCUUCGAUCUUUUUUUUUUAUACUUAUUUUUAGGACUGCAGUAUUCAAGAUGUGGCAAGUGCCUUGAGAUUACAAUUUCUUUAGCAACUGUCAAAGACUGCCCUGCUGAUUAUAAUUAGUGAAGGAGUAUAAAUGCUCCUCUCUAUUAAAAAUAUGUAUAAAAGUUGUUUUUUCCUAAUUAUGUAAGUGCAUUUGUAAAUAUGUAUUAUAUUAAAUGAAUCAUUAUGUAUAUUUGAUUUAGUAACUUAAAAUGUUUCAAAUUUUUUACAUGCCAUUCCUUUUUAUUUAUGUUUAAGAAAAGGAGGUUUAAGACAAAUAAAAAUACAUUUAUUGCUACAGUGUCCAGAGGAAGAAAUUAUGUCAAGAAAACUGCAUUCAUUUGUAUAUACAGUGUAAUAGAAAUCCAUUAUGUGUAAAUACGUAUAGAAUGUUUAUUUGCAGUACAGAUAGCUGUUUAGCCUCUUGUAUAGUUCUUCCCUUCUGGAAGAACAUUAUACUGUAUGCAUGUAUGAAGCACAAUGGGAGGCUUUUUUUGUUUCUUCCUGUGAAUAUGUUAAUAUGUCAUGUGAUAUAUAUUUGUGAGGAAAACAAUCUUUGCUUUGAAUACAGGCCUAAUGAAGGGAACAACUUUGUCCUUAACUUUAUUUUUAGUGUUUCAUGUGUAUCACUGGUGGGAAGAGUUUGAUAAACUGAAAGAUGGAUUACCUCAGAAGAUACAUUUGUGAUUAAGUAGUGCUUGUGCUUUUGUUGCUGAUUUUUAAGAGCUCAUUUACUGAACAGGCAAACUAACUUCAUUUUUAAUUACUGGAAAGAUAGUAUUUUACUUAUUAAAGUAAGAAUCCACUUGAGCAGAAAGGUGCAGAAGUAAGUAUGAAAACUGGCCAAUGAAUAGUGUAUAUGUGAAUGUUUGAAAUUAAUUAUUUUAUACACAAUUGCUUUGCAAAAUCUUUUGUUCAUUAGUGCGUUUUGUUUGGUCUUAGAAAUAUCUUUCAAUUUAACUAUUUAUUAAAGCAUUUUAUAACAAUGUGAUUUCACUCUUGUGGAACUUCUUUUCAUAUUCAUUGCACAUUCUGCUAACAGAAGAGUUCAGUUAAACUCACAGCAUGUCCUUUGUUUCAUUAACAAAAUAAUUUUCUUUAUUCACCUUUUCAGUAUAUCAAAUUGUGUAGACCAUAGGCUUUUGAAGUACUCUACCUCCAAGACUAAAAAUGAACAAUUUCAUUGCUGUGGAAAAAAUCUGUAUCGUUAAGACAGGAAAAAAUGUACAACAUGCUUCUUUGCUUUGUGUUCCACAGUAUACUAAUAAACACAUUUAUUUGUUAAGAUGA